AUGAUUUGAUUAUACUUACUAUAUUAUUUUCAUAAUAUUUCACAUUUCAUAAAAGAAACAGUUGUGAACAUAAAUUAGCACUACUUUUACACAAAAAUGUCGUUGACAUAUACUUAUUUUAAAAUGCGUAAAGGUUUUGGAAGGCAACCUAUGUUUUGUAUGGUAAAGCCUGAAAUGGUGGAUAAUAUAAUGCCUGAUGAAGCUGAACAAAAAAAAUACUGUUUAAGAAACCCUGUAAAUCAAGAAUCGCAAGCAGUCCUCUCACAAUCGCAACAAGAAAUUAACACGACAAGAGUAGUAUUGACAGACACUGGAAUAAAUCAUCUAGAAGGAGGCUGGCCAAAAGAUAUUCAUUUUGAUGAUGAAGAAACAACAUCUCGAUAUCGCCGUCGUAUUGAAAGAGAUGAAUCAUAUGUCGAUGCUAUUAUGCAUCUAACUCCUAAAUUUGAACAUUAUAUAGAUCAGAAUAAUGCUAUAAAUAUGUAUGAUCUAUUUUAUAAGAAUAUGCCUUCAGAAGAUCCUGUAGAAAAACCUAUUAUACGUAUUAAUAAUGUAUUCAGAGAUCGACAGUGUCGACCAACAUCAAGUAUUGGAUGGACAUGUGAAGAAGAUUCCAAACUUGUGGUCUCUUAUUGCGACAAGGUGUUUCCUAUAAAUACUCCUUCACGAAAUACUGAUUUGGUAGGAUAUUUGUGGAAUGUAGAACUUCCUAGUAGUCCAGUAGAUGAAUUUUUACCACCUGUAGCUUGUUGGCAAGUUGUUUGUUCUCCAGUUUCAGCGCCAAUAUUAUUGGGAGGCUUAGAAGAUGGUAGAGUAUGCAUAUUUGAUCUUCGAUCGGGAAAUUCACCUCAAGAUAUUAGUCCUGAGCAUAUUGCACAUAGAGAUCCUGUAUCUGCGUUAUUAUAUAUAAAUUCUCGUUUGAAUAAUGAAUUUUUUUCUGCGUCUACUGAUGGUGUGUGUAUGUGGUGGGAUGUACGAAAUAUAUCCAAACCAACUGAAGCAAUGAUAAUGUCUGUUUUUAGUCCGAUCGUCAAUGAAUAUGACUUAGCAAAUGCCCAACCUAUUACCACGUUGCAGUUCGACAAAGCAUUCCCUACGAGAUUUUUAUGUGGUACAGACACUGGUCUUGUUGUAAACGUAAACCGUAAAGGGAAAAGUCAUAAUGAAGUUAUGAGUGCCGUUUUUAAAGCUCACUAUGGUCCAGUCAAAGCUCUUCACCGAAAUCCAUCAAUUUCGAAAAUGUUCAUAACUUGCGGAGAUUGGAGGGUGAAUGUCUGGAGUGAUGAAAUAAUUUCAACUCCAAUAAUUCCUGGGCAACCCCAAAAAUACCAAAUAAAUGACGUGAUUUGGGCACCACAUAGAGCUUCUAGCUAUAUGUCGGUCAGCGCCGAUGGAAGGCUAAGAUAUUGGGAUUUCCUGCGUAAAUAUCGUGAACCGAUUGUGAUUUCACGAUUAUCUCAACAUCCUUUGCUUAAAAUCAAAGCUCAUGAUAACGGUCAAAUGAUAGCUGUUGGAGAUAAGAAGGGUGUAAUGUAUCUUGUGCAACUCUCUGAUAUUUUAGUUUAUUCUGGUAACAAAGAUAAACCGAGAAUGAUCCAAACAUAUGAGCGAGAAACGAGAAGAGAGCACUUAUUAGAAACAAAAAUAAAAGAAAUUCGUUUAAAGUUAACGAAGACAGAGGACGUUGGUGUAGAAGCACCUCCAAUUGAUGAAAUUACUGAAGAUUUUACUUCCGUUGAAUCGGAAUAUAAAAGAAUCGUCGAUGAAGAAGUGCGUAAUAUGGGACCCGGGCGUACGUUGUCGUCAUCGCAACUUGAGAAGGUGAAGCAAGAAGUAAGGAAGCGUUAAUAUAUUUUUAUUUAUUGUCUAUUUUAAAUUUAUUUUCUUUACUACUACAAGUAAGGUACAUGUUUUUUUUUCAAUAAUAUUAUUAAGGGACUAUUUAGGUUAAUUUUCUUAUU